AUGGUGCUCGUGCUGUGCAUCGGCGACCUGCACAUCCCACACCGUGCAGCGGACCUACCCGCAAAAUUCAAGGAGCUGCUCAAACCUGGGAAGAUUCACACCACGAUAUGCGUGGGAAACGUCUGCAGCAAGGCAUUCCUUGACUACCUCCGCACGAUAUCAGGGGAGCUCCACCUCGUCGCUGGAGACUUUGAUGAAUUCCCGGCUCCCGAGCAACUGGUUCUGGAUCUGGCGGGAUUCAAAGUGGGUGUCGUACACGGACACCAGAUCGUUCCCUGGGCCGACCCCGACGCCACCUCACUGCUGCAGCGCCAGAUGGGGGCGGACAUCCUGCUGACGGGAAACACACACCGGUUCGAGGCGCGCAAGUCUGGUUCCUGUUUGACCUUGAACCCCGGCUCCGCCACGGGCGCCUACCACCACCAGCACUCGGAGGGGCCCGUCAACCCCAGCUUCGUGCUCAUGGACCUGGACGGACAUAAGGUUACCGUGUAUGUGUACCAAUUGGUUGAGGGGGAGGUGCGGGUGGAGAAGAUCGACUACACGCAGCCGGGGACAACGGUCCAACUGUAA